CCGCGCGUUCUCGUGUGUGGCUCGGGGACGCAGCAGCUAAAGCUACACAGGCAGCGUCCACCGGGCCCCAGAUCAUCUACGGAGUCAGCCGUCGUUCAUUUUGUGCAGGCGGACCUCCGACCGGCAGGGAUUCGAAACGUGCCAGAUCAUAUAUGUGCGUGGAGGGGGAAGAAUAGCGCACGAUGGUUCGGGAAACCAGACACCUUUGGGUGGGAAAUUUACCCGAACAUGUCCGAGAGGAGAAAAUUGUGGAGCAUUUUAAACGGUAUGGGCGCGUGGAGAGCGUUAAAGUUCUGCGGAAGCGAGGGUCAGAGGGUGGUGUUGCAGCUUUUGUGGAUUUUGUGGAUAUCAAAAGUGCGCAGAAGGCUCACAAUGCUGUCAACAAAAUGGGAGACAGGGACCUGCGGACAGACUACAAUGAACCUGGAUCAGUCCCUAGUGCUGUUCGGGGCCUUGAAGACAGCUCUCCCUCGAGCAGUCGAGACGUUACAGGAUUCUCUAGGGCAACAGUUGGUCCAGUGUUUGGCCCACCUGUUUCCCUUCACACCAGAGAGGGACGUUAUGAGCGGAGAAUAGAUGGUAGCUCAGAAACCAGAGAACGUGCAUACGAUCACAGCCCAUAUGGACACCAUGACCGCAGCGGCAAUUUUGACAGACAGCGUCACUACAGCACUGAAUAUUACCGCGAUCGUUCUUUGUUUGCUGCUGCUGGCCCAGGAAGCAGUACUAUUGCUGGAAGCUUUGAGGCAGCAGACCCACAUUUUGACUCUAGAGUUCGCGACCCCUUCACUCUUACUAAUUCCACACGACGUGACCUGUACAGAGAUGACAGAGGACGGCGUGUUGAUGGAACUUACCAUCAUCGUCGAAGCCGAUCAUCUCAUUCCUCCCAGUCAAGACACCCAUCCCCACAACGGACCACAGGACAAACCUCCAAAACUCCUCAUUCACCGAAAAGAGCUACCUUGUCCCCUGGGAGAGGCCCAAGAUCUCGGUCUCGCAGCAGAUCUUCAAGCUCCGAUUCCGUUAGCAGCAGCAGCAGCACUGGCAGUGGCAGUGAUUCAAACAGCAGCUCAAGUGAUGGAUCACAUGCACGUUCUGUGCAGUCGUCGGCCACACAUGCCCCUCAGCAGUCAUCUAUGGUGCUCGACUCAGAUGAACCACGCAGAAGCUUUGGAAUUAAAGUACAAAAUCUACCAGUGCGCUCCACUGACACAAGUUUAAAAGACGGACUCUUUCAUGAAUUUAAGAAACAUGGGAAAGUUACCUCAGUGCAGAUCCAUGGAUCGUCGGAGGACCGUUAUGGUUUGGUGUUUUUUAGACAGCAAGAGGACCAGGAGAAAGCCCUUGGUGUCUCUAAGGGAAAACUGUUCUUUGGCAUGCUUAUUGAAGUCACUGCCUGGAAUGGCCCUGAAACAGAAAGUGAAAAUGAGUUCAGGCCCUUGGAUGGGAGGAUAGACGAGUUCCAUCCAAAAGCCACACGGACACUGUUCAUAGGUAACCUUGAGAAGACCACCAGUUAUCAGCAACUGCUUGACAUCUUUCAGCGAUUUGGAGAAAUUGUGGACAUUGACAUCAAGAAAGUAAAUGGAGUUCCCCAGUAUGCCUUUGUGCAGUAUUCCGAUAUUGCCAGUGUAUGCAAGGCCAUAAAGAAGAUGGAUGGAGAGUAUCUGGGAAGCAACAGACUUAAGCUUGGUUUUGGAAAGAGUAUGCCUACAACAUGUGUUUGGUUAGAUGGUUUGGCGAACAACAUUACGGAACAAUACCUCACACGGCAUUUCCUACGUUAUGGACACGUUGUUAAGGUUGUGUUUGACAGAUUAAAAGGGAUGGCUCUCAUCACGUAUAACAACACAGAUUUUGCUCAGGCUGCUGUAAGAGAGACCAAAGGCUGGAAGAUUGGUGGCAAUAAAAUAAAGGUUGACUUUGCAAGUCAAGAGUGUCAGAUGGCAUUCUACCGAUCUAUGCAGGCAUCUGGUCAAGAGAGAGACUUCUACGAAAUUCCACCUGAGCGACGAGAGGAACGCAGACCUCCAUACCAUGAAUUUACAGCGGAAAGGGCUUACUAUGACAAUAUACGUACCCCUGGGCUCUACCCAGAGGAUGCUCGUAGAGAUUAUGCUGCCCGCAGCAGGGAACGCUUUACUGAACUGGAACAUUAUCAGGGAGAGCCCUUUGACCCACGAUACCACGAUGAUCCAAGAGACUACAGGGAUUACCGAGACCCUUUUGAACAAGACAUCAGGAAAUAUACAUAUAUUCAAAGAGAGCGAGAAAGAGAACGAGAGCGCUUCGAGGCUGACCGCAGCAGGUGGAGCCCGUCCCACCCAAGGCGACCUAUCACUCCUGCAGUAUCACCUUCACCUUCUGACCGUGCACCCAGAGACCCAGAAAGACAGGUUUAUAGCCAGUCCUCUGAGAGAAGUGGUAGUGUGGACUCCAUUUCACCAACACCACACUUUGAUAAAUCAGAAAAGACCCUGCUGGACCAUUCUGCUAAGAGUGACAAAAGUGAAAGGAGCAGUCAACCUGAGCGUUUGGCAGGUGCUGAGAAAACAAAACGUCCAAAACGAAAAGAGAAAAGUGAUAAAGACAAAGCUGAGAAGAGUAAAUCAAGGAAAGCAAAGGGGCAAUCCCCAUCCAACCCAGUGCCUGAGACGGAACUCGAAGACCAGGAUGCUCAUGAAAAGCAGAAAUGUAAGGUGGAUCGUGACUCUGUUUCUGGAAAUCAGUUGCCAACUGCUAAUCAUGACUCUGUAAAAUCGGAAAGAUCUGACAUUAGUAAAGGUGAGAAUGCAGACUUGGAUGGGAAAAAUCGCCUCAAGAAACAUCUCAAGACGGAUACUGGAACUGAUGGUAAAGAUUCAUCUGUGGAUUCGGAUCGCCUUGCCGCGAGGAAGAGGCGUUUUGCUGAUACUGGUGGAAAAUCUAUUCAUCCAAAGAGAAGUAGACAUGAGGAGGAAGAUGGCAACCAGUCCUCUGACAUUGGGGCCAGUACCUCGUAUUUGAAAGAGUCAGACACCGACAAACACAAAGAAUCACAACGAAGAGAUUCGAGACUGAAAACUGACAAAAGUAGCACACCGAAGGAUGGUCAAGAGGAUCUUAGAGGGCAAAGUGAGAAAUUGGAAGCAUCUUUGCACACACUGGAUUCCAAACGACAUCCAGGGCACAUUUCGUCUAGAAGAUUUUCUCAUGAGGGGGUUACAGAUCAAAGCAGUACAAGAGAACAAGAACAAAAUGCUGCUAUCAAAUUUGCUAAUCAGAAUACUGAAACUGACAAAAGUGCCAAGAGCAAGGAAGACCAUGUUGACAUUGAUCUGUCUCAGAGUUACCGCAAGCAAAUGGAGCAAAAUAGACGUUUGCACCAGCAACAACAACGUGAAUUUGAUAAACCUCACAAACCAGAAAGCCCUGAAGGAAAUGAAAUGGAGGACAUGGAGCACCGCAGUCUUGUGCAUGAAGUUGGUAAACCACCUGAAGAUGUUACAGAUAACUUCCCAUCUCACAAACUCAAGAAAGUAGACCAGUUUGACACAGACUCUGGGAUAAAGAGAGAACGUGUCUACAGGAGCUUUAGGCAAAAAAGUGAAGAUCCUGAGUGGAACAACACUUCCUCUCCUGGACGUCCACACUUCUCUCACCAUGUGGAAGAGGACUUUGUGGAUCCCUCUCGAAAAGAUGUGAGCAGAAAUGAUGAAAAAAAUCAACCUGUUGUGGAGCUGUUAGUCAAAAGGACUCAGAACAUAAACACACAAGUAAACAAAGUAAACCCUCCUUUUCUAAGUGGGGAAGAGGAUCAGCAAAAAAGAUGGGAGAGCAGAGUCAAACCAGACUUAAUGCCUGACUUGAACUAUUCCAGAAAUCUCAGUAAGAAUAGUCACAAUUGCAAGCGUUUAGAAUAUGGCACUUGGCAUGACUUGGAGCCUGGAGAAGUGAGAUCUGACUCUGAAGAGGACAAAGACCCUAAACCCCAUUCCCCUAUGCCCUCUACAUCAAUGCCUUUUCCUGAGAGGCCAAGGACUGUGAGGUUUACAGACCCCAAACUAGCACACCUCGAAAGGAACAAGUUUUACUCCUUUGCACUUGACCAGACUAUCACACCAGAUACAAAGGCUUUGCUUGAGCGUGCAAAAUCGCUCUCAUCUUCCAGAGAAGAUAACUGGUCAUUUUUAGAUUAUGAUUCUCACUUUGCUAGUUUCCGCAGCAGAAAAGAUACUGAGAAAGUAGAUUCAACACCAAGACCUACGCCUUCCUGGUACAUUGUAAAGAAGAAAAUUCGAAGUGGAUCAGAAGACAAACUUGAAGACAGGAAAGAAGAACCUAAGCCAGAGGAGCAUGAAAGGAGGGAGUUAUUUGCUUCCCGCUUCCUGCACAGUGCUGUUUUUGAGCUGGACUCUAGACGUCUUCAACACUUGGAACGCAAACAUGAAGAACCUGAGCAUACUCAAAACCAGCAAACUGGUCACCAAGGAACAGCAGAUGGUGAACUUGACUCGGGACCAGUUGUCCUUUUCCAUAGUCGUUUUUUGGAACUCACUCGACUACAGCAACAGAAGAAUAAAGCCCAGCAGCAGCAACUGGUAAAAGUUGAUGCCAUUCCUACAGAUGAGAAUAAAGUGGAAAAAACACCAGACCAGCAAGCUGUACACUCACCUGAAACAACAGGCUCUAUCAUGGAGCCAGAAAUUAAACCCGUUAGUCCUGCUGAAGAGCUGAUUAUUGAAUCCCGGCUCACACCUACUCCUGUCACCCAAAGUGAAACCAAGGACUUGCCUCCACCAGAAGACAAAUGUGUUGCAGUAAAUUCAGCCCCCGAUCCGCACACCCCUGUGUUUUUCAUUAAAGAAGAGAUAAAGAAGGAAGUAAAAGAGAAUGAACCUGUUUUACUUAAGCCCCAUCCACAAUUUGAGACCUCUGAUUCAGAACCUGCACCUGAAACCAGUGACUUGGGGGAUAGAUGCAAACUUUCUCCAACUGAAGGGAAACUGGAUACUGAAGAUAUAAAACCUGUAGUCAGAGAACCACCAUCGCCUCACGACAAUUCUAGUGAUGUCUGUAUUACUUUGCAACCAGAGCUUGAUCUUGAAAUGACGCAACCAGAAGUGCUUGAAGCCACUUGUCCCUUGCUAUCUACUGCUCCAGAGGAUGGGGAUGUAGUUAAGAAAGAGACGCACUCCACCAGCAAAACAGUAGUAGAGCCUGAGGGAGAGAAGAAACUUCAAGUUAGUGAAAUGCAAAUGCCUCUUGAUAAUGACACAGAUGAUCUGCCAGUCUCAUCUCAGAAGAUAGAGCAUAAAACAAAAGAAAUGAAAAGUAAAAAGGGCAAACAAUCCCCUGCUCAAGUGGCUCCCAUUCCAGUCGUGUCUACCUCUGGUUUGGAGAAACAAGCUACACGCAAGAGUGAACGCAUUGACAAAGAGAAACUAAAACGUGGAUCGUCCCCAAGAGCUGAAUCAAAGUCGACGGGCAAAUCCCCCAUUCAUGGAUCAGAUCCAGAUGUGUUUGAGCAGAGCAUAUCAUUAGGCAGAGCCAAACGAAGAAAUGUUAAAUCUGUGUAUGCCACCCCUGUCGAAGAUGAUGCACCAGUUCGCCCUGGAAAGGAAAUGACAGAGUCACCACGCUCUGCACGAAAGCGAGGUACAGUCAAGGAUACAACACAGCAACAGAACAUUGAGCAGGAUCCACCUGCUCCAACACCUGCAAAUAAACGGGGCCGUCCUCCCAAGAAUCGUAGACAAGGUGAUGAUAGUUCAACUGUCAAAGUAGAAAAAUCUAAAAUGGAUAACAAAGAAACUGAUUCAAAUGAAUCAGAAAGUGGUGAACGAAUUCCAAGGUUGUCAAAAGGAAAAACAUCUCAUACCACAAAGGGUUCAUCAAACCAGAUGUCCACAGUGCUAGGCUCUGGAUCAACGAGGAAGGGAGACAAAACUGAGGUGACUGAGGAUGAUGAUGAGGAAAUUGAUUUCACAGGAGAUGCCUUGACUUUGCAAGAUUUUUCAAGUUCAUGUAAAGACGACCCAGCAGCAAAAGUUGACCAAACAAAGGAAGAAAAAGACAAACAAAGCAGAGAAAGAAAAGAUAGAGAUAUUAUCUGUGAAAAAGUUAGUGAAGGCAAAUCAAAUGGACAAGAGAUGGAUUCUGCUGGCUUAGAAGAGAAAAUCUCUGUGGAAAAAGAAAAGGUUGUUAGAGGAAAAAAGUUGACAAGGACCCCCAAGUCUCCUGUCCUCAAGAAUCUCAAAAUAAGGCUAAAUGUUACAGAGGUUAAAGAUCUUCUUCAAUUAGGGGAUGAUGAGCUUGGGAGUCAAGAUGAGUCUUCAUGUUCAAAUAUCAGGCCUAGUGACCACAGUGAUCAUGUUGCCAAGGGCACAGAGACUAACAUAGAGUACCCCAAUAACAAAGAAAAAGAAAAUAUUGCUUUGAAGAAAAAGGAGGUCCUGGAAGUAUCAAAAAGCAUAAUUUCACCAGAACUGGAAUUGGAGGAGGCAGUGGCCAAACUUACUGAUCCGGUUUGUCCAGCAGAACUUCCAACACCUGUACCACAUACAGAAAUAAAAUGUAACCCAGAUGAAGAAAAACCUAUUCCUGCCAGUGAAACAGAACUCAUGGCUGCAAUUUACUCAAUUACUCCUGAGGCUACAAGUGCAUCCUUGACCCAGCCACCUCAACUAAGAACAGAUGAAAGUUCUGAGCCUGAGGUGCAGGAUUUCAUUCAGCCCGCCAAGGAAGAUGAACCUGAAACAAAUGCAUCCUCUAUUCAGGAGGAACCCCUCAUUCAAACCACACCUAAAAAAGGGAAGGGAAGACCUAAAACACCCAAACGUUCUAAAGUCCCAAAGCAAGCAAAAAAGCAAGAACAUUUGCCCAUUGAGAAUUUGGCGUCUACAGUAGCAUCUGGUGAAAAGAUUGUUUCUGAGACAACGCCAUCAGUAGCUGCUACUGUUAUCGCUCCUACUACUUUAAAGCCAGAUUCCGAGCCUUCUGCCAUCAAAGCUACAGACUUAAAUCCUGAGUCAGAAUUAUCACCCGAAGAACAGAUUCAGACUCUUAAAUCUGUUUACCCCCAGUCUAAGAGUCCAAUAUGUCCAAAGCCUCCGCAGCUGCCAUCUGAAGGUAUGUCCCCUUCCCCAUUACCACUAGUCACUAGGCCAAAUAUCAGACCCAUUCAAACCAGUAGAAUUACUGUUUCUCCACCGGAUUGGCAUCACCAAUCCAAAGAUGGAGUUGUCUCUUCACCCGUCUUGCCGUUGACUUCAAAGGAAAACCAACCUUUGCCUUCAGAUUCUGAGAAAAUGGAAACUGAACAUGGUACAAGUGACUUGAGACAGAUACUUAUGAAACACAAAAAUGUUUCACUAUCAGGUAGCAGUUGUAUUCCUAGUAAUCAGACCCCCCUUCAAGAUCCUAACCCAUUGGAAAGUACCACUCCAUCAGCUAUUGUGCCAAACAAGUCACCGCUGUCUGACAGUAGAAUGGCUCAUUCAGGUCCAUCUGUUGUUCGACCUCCAGCCACGCUACCAUCUCCUGAAACAAAGUCUGUGAUCUCUGUUAUAGCAUCCACUGCAACCUCUGUUAUCAGCCGUGUUUGUAACCCUCCUGAACCAGAGGACAAACUAAAUAUGAAUAUUGGAAAUCCAUGUGUGGACAUUCCUCUGCCCAAAUCUUCAUAUAGGCCCAGCAAAGAUGAUACUGGGUCAUACCUGGGUCCACCUGUUGGUGAUGAGGGGGUUAGCAGUGCACGUUUCAUAGUUGAGAGCUCCAGUCUAGGUAUAGGAUCUUGCCCUGGAUUGAGGGUUAAUACAUCUGAAGGAGUGGUUGUAUUGAGCCACUCGGGUCAAAAAACAGAGGGGCCCCAGCGGAUUAGUGCUAAAAUAAGUCAGAUCCCACAAGCAACAGCAGGUGAUAUGGAAUCUCAGCAGUUGGUAUCAAUGCCCCAGAUAAAACAGGAAAUGUAUGGUCACUCUCAGUCUGGACUUCAAAAGGGGCUUUCACUGCAGACAGAUCAUGGGCAUCCUGGCAAGCCACAGAUAGCUUUGUCUAUUAAACAAGAGAGUAGUGGUUUGGAAAAGAUGGAAUCUAAUUACCAGUCUGGACCCCAAGGUGUAGUAAAGCGUCUUACACCAGGUAACCAGCAGUUACUGACCUACCAUCAAGACUACAUGCCAUUAAAACAUCAGAAGAAAAUGGACAGUGCUGAUCCUCACAGUACAGAUGGUGCUAAACCAUCUUGGACUUCUGCUAUUAGUCCAGCAAUAAGUCCCCAUUUGCCCUCUCCACCAGGCAACCAUGUAGGAUUUGUUACAGCAGCUGGUGACAGAGCUGCUUCACACCUCGGCGGGAUCAAACAGGAACCACGGUCUCCACGCAAGUCGGGUCAUCCACAUUCUCAAUUUACUAAAGUGUCCUCACCCAUAGGCUCCUCCUCACCCAAGGGCAUACCAGUGAUGUUAUCCUCCGGUCAUCCUGCCAUGCAACAGUUUAUUACUGGUGUUCACCAUUCAGAGCAGUCUGUUAUCAUGCCGACUCACAGUGUGCCGGGAGGUAUGGGAAGGAUGUCUCCUCACUGUGUCACCCAAUCAAUUCCAGUGGGCCAUCUUGUUCAGGGAGAUGUCCGUGUCAAUACUCCACCACUCUCUGUUAUGAGCUAUGGGAUGCAUAGUGAGCCUCAUGCCUCUCCCUGGUCUGGUUCCAUGCAGCCACGGCCCACCUCACCACAGGGUGUUGGUAGAGACAAGGUUCUAAAGGUGAACCCUGGUUCUUUGAGAAGUCCUGAGGGAGAACAGGAAGAAGCCAGACACUUCCACAUGGGCGGGAGACAGUCGACCACACAGUUGAAACCGGACACUAUGCAAUCAGAUCCUCGUGGGUCUUUGAGGAAUAAUGUCCAGUUGGAAACAUACAUGGCACAGAGAGAAAUGCGUGUGUUCCUGCACCAACAGGGGGAGCGUUCAGCUACAGACCCUCAUUCUGGUCACAUAUCGGACACACAUGUUCUGCCCAAAGGUGUCUCUGAGAAAGAUAUCACAAAGCCAUUGGAAGGAAAAAGGCCGCACUCUCCUCUUCCUAAAGAUGGGGGGAUGGGCAUUCGGCAAUCUGGGCCAGCAAUAGCAUCUCCGCAGAGAGUUCAGCUGAUGCCGCCAGGACCUUCUGGUUCAUACCCGGAGUACUCGGGGAUGUACUCAAACCCAAGAGGCAUCCAUUCUCAACUACCAGAGACGUCUCCUGUUGGAAUCAACCAACCACAGCUGAACAUCACACCAAAUAUUGGUGCAGACCCCCAGGCAAAACCAGAUGGCAAGACGACACAGCCUGUUAAUAUGGUGCAGCUGCUCACAAAAUACCCUAUUGUGUGGCAAGGCCUGCUGGCGCUGAAGAAUGACACGGCUGCAGUGCAGUUGCAUUUUGUUUGCGGCAACAAAGCUUUGGCUCAUCGAUCGCUGCCCCUACAAGAAGGAGGUGCUCUUCUCAGGAUCGUCCAGAGAAUGAGAUUAGAAGCUUCACAACUUGAGAAUGUAGCCAGAAGGAUGACCGGGGACAGUGACUUCUGUCUUCUCCUGGCUCUGCCGUGUGGACGAGAUCAAGACGACGUUCUAAACCAAACUCAAGCUCUUAAGGCCGCUUUUAUCAACUACUUGCAGUCAAAAUUGGCCGCUGGUAUCAUUAAUAUCCCCAACCCAGGUUCCAAUCAGCCCGCCUACGUCAUACAGAUCUUCCCGCCGUGUGAAUUUUCCGAGAGCCACUUAUCUCAGCUCGCCCCCGACCUCCUCAACAGGAUCUCCAGCAUCUCUCCACACCUCAUGAUCGUCAUCACUUCUGUGUAACCUUUCACUAGUGGGAACUCUGUCCCGCGGAUGAAUGUUCUCACCAAUGAACCUCAGGAAACCAGAGGAAUAUGGGAUUAUUCUUUUUUUUUCUUUCUUCCUGGACAUAGUGGGAAUGUGUAUUGAUACUUUUUUUUUUUUUUUCUUUCUCCCACCAUCAGUCCUUUUUGUUUUUUGUCACUCCUGUCUGGUAUUUUUGUCCUUCUCAAAAGAACUCAGGGAUGGACCGAACCAGAAUCAGUCUUAUUUGACCAUUUUUCUGCUGUAUUUUUUUAUUUAUUGGAGUUUAAUUUUAACAUUUGGAGAUUCUUUGAAGAAAAAAAAAAACAACAAGAAAAAAAACAAACAAACGGGACGUUUUGAUGAACAUGAGUGACUUUUCGGGUGGCCUUUUUAUUUCAUCUGUCUUAUUGAUUGUCGCAUUCAUUUCUUUACCAGAGAAGAUCACGGAGGCCGUUGUGUACCGCAAUGGCUAAAAAAAAAAAAAAAAAAGACAUUUCAAUGUGUAAUUUUAAAUAAUUCUGUACAGUCUUCCUCCCCCCAGGCUUAUUUAGAGGAGGAAGAGUCAUCAUGUAAAGUUAUGGAGACCCUGUAGAGGACCACGUUCGUUUAACAGCUCCUUUAAUUCCACCAGCUCUGCUCAUGUUCUCACACUACUGACGCAGAAACACCUCUGGCACCCGUCUUUGCAUUGAACAAGCUACAGAUUGAUUUGGGAGUUUUCUUUUUGAAUACAGGACCUUUGUAAAUAUUUUAAAUAUUUAAAACUUUGACUAUGGAACUUGGACAACAGAGAUUUGAACUCUGGGGGAAUACCAGAAACGCUGUGUGGACAUUUAGAAUGGAUAUCCUUGACUUUUGGGUGUAAAUACUUGUAACUCGAGAAGGUUGGCAGACUCCUCUGCAGAGUCUGCUGAUGGCACUUCAUAUUUUGUAACUCAAAUAAAACAAACUCCAGAAAAUUUAAA